GCCUUGCUUGGUCUGCAGUCCCGGCCACACGCUACGACUUAUUAUUCACCACUUGCGCCAGUUCUGCUACUAUUCAGCGCUAUCAAUAUCAAGUCACUACUCGAGAAGAAAUAGAGGCAUUGAAGGUUCAUCAUCAUGGGAGCCCUUCUGUCUCUGCCUUUGUUGGCGAUCCCGAGCGCCAGCACGCUCAUCACCCUUGCGACUUCCUGCUGCGGCGCUGCGACCUGUUCCGCAGUAUGUAGCGCAUGUGGCAAGUUCCAGAACAGCAUGGCGACGAGAAUCGCCUACGCCUUCAUCCUCCUUUUCAACUCAAUCGUAUCCUGGAUCAUGCUCACGCCAUGGGCGCUCAAGAAACUUCAGCAAAUGACUUUGGACUACAUGGAAAUCCGGUGUGACGGCAAGGAAUGUCACGGAUGGGUCGCGGUGCAUCGUAUCAACUUCGGUCUUGGCCUGUUUCACUUGAUCCUCGCCCUCGCCCUGCUCGGGGUGAGGUCCUCCAAGGAUGGCCGUGCCGUUCUGCAGAAUGGGUUCUGGGGUCCGAAGAUCAUCCUGUGGCUCGCGCUCGUGGUCACGUCAUUCUUCAUCCCGGAAUCGUUCUUCUUCGUCUAUGGACACUACAUCGCCUUCUUCUGCGCCAUGCUGUUCCUGCUGCUCGGGCUGAUCCUCCUCGUGGACCUGGCCCACUCUUGGGCCGAAAUCUGCCUGCAGAAGAUCGAGGACCAGGACUCGCGGACUUGGCGCGGUCUGCUCAUUGGCUCGACCGUGGGCAUGUACCUUGCAUCGCUGGUCAUGACGAUCCUGAUGUAUGUCUUCUUCGCCCACAGCGGAUGCUCCAUGAACCAGGCUGCGAUUACGAUCAACCUCGUCAUCUUCCUGAUCAUCUCGAUAAUCUCUGUGCAGCCCAUCGUGCAGGAGUCCAACCCCCGCGCGGGACUGGCCCAGGCCGCGAUGGUGACGGUCUACUGCACGUACUUGACCAUGUCAGCUGUCUCGAUGGAACCGGAUGACCGGCACUGCAACCCGUUGAUUCGGGCGCGGGGCACCCGCACCGCUAGCAUUGUUCUGGGCGCGAUCGUCACGAUGGCCACGAUCGCAUACACCACCACGCGCGCGGCCACUCAGGGGAUCGCGCUGGGGUCGAAGGGCGGGCACAGCUACUCGCAGCUGCAGUCCGAUGACAACGAGCACGGCCUCGUGACGCAGCAGCCCAGCAGCCGGCGGGAGAUGCGGGCCGAGGUGCUCCGUGCGGCGGUGGCCAGCGGCAGCUUGCCCGCCAGCGCCCUCGACGAGAGCGACGACGAAUCCGACGAGUACGACACCAAGGACGACGAGAAGGGCUCGACGCAGUACAACUACUCCCUGUUCCACAUCAUCUUCUUCCUGGCGACCACCUGGGUGGCCACGCUGCUCACGCAGAACCUGGACCCCGAGGCUGCGGACGACUUUGCGCCGGUGGGUCGGACCUACUGGGCCAGCUGGGUCAAGAUCAUCAGCGCCUGGGUGUGCUACGCGAUCUACCUGUGGACUUUGAUUGCCCCGGUGGUUCUCCCCGACCGCUUCGAUACCUACUAGGGGUGUAUGUAGUAUAGCCGCGUAUUCUUUGGCGUUGAGCGUUGCUUAGCGAUUUUGUCGUUCUUUCUGUUUUGCUGUACAGUUGUAUAUAUUUCUGGCACGAGUAUGCAAUCAUUUUAUAAAGUA